GUCCCACAUGUAAUCUCUUUUCUUUGUCCUCCAUAAUCUCUCUCACCAGCUUUACUGUUACUGCUUCAAUUUUCCUUUCAGUAAAAGUUCCAUUCACAUCUGUUCUCAAUUUCAAGUGUUUAGGUUUUCUUACUUUUCCCUCAUUACCCUCAUUAUACGGGUGCGUACCUACCCUUCAAGUGUUUAGGUUUCCGUUUAUCAAGGCUAGUUGUGUUUGUGUUGGUACUGUUGGUGUAUCCGAAAGAAAUUGGUGAUCAAAUAUCACAGCAGGAUCAUUGAAGUGAAUCUGAAAGAUAGUUGAGAGAAAGCGUGUUAAGAGUGGUUUUUUCAAAAUCCAGAUCAGUCUGAGAUAUAUUUUCCAUUCCUCUUUUGGCACUUGAUUUCAUGGCGUCUUCCUCCUUUUCUCACAAGCGUUCUUUCAGUGAUUUUCAAAGGGAAACGCCUGCUGUAUCUAAAAAAGUAUACGAUGCAUUUAUCAAUCACCGAGGCCCUGAUGUGAAAGAAACUCUAGCUUUUGCCCUUUACGAUUCACUGGAGGAAAAGGAAUGUCGGACAUUUCUUGAUGAUAUGGAAUUAGAAUUGGGAGAUUCGAUUCCCUCUGCCAUACAAAAUGCGAUAUACUCUUCUGCAGUGCAGAUCGCCAUCUUUUCACCACGAUAUGCGGAGUCCUCAUGGUGUCUAGAUGAGCUGGUUCUCAUGUUGGAAACCAAGGCUCGCUUUAUUCCCAUAUUCUGUGAUGUGAAGCCUUUUGAACUUCGCUACCUGGACAAGGGAGUUUAUGCAGCUGCAUUCGCCAAACAUGAAGAAAAGGGGAGAUUCGGCGACGACAUGAUUGGUCAGUGGAAAACAGCCCUCCACUCUUCUUCACUCAUCUCUGGCUACGAAUUCAACACAUCUAAUGAUAAUGUCGAGAUGCUGUGUACAAAGAUUGCUUUGGCCGUGCAACAAGAGGUUGGAAAGACAUUUAAGGGAGUUGGGAAACAUCAGAAAGGUCUUCAUGCAGACCAGGCAGCGUCAACAAGUACAUCAACAAAGGUGAAGAAAUCUAGUCUUCUGCCCAGAGAUUCACGUCUAGUGGGGUUAGAAUCCAAACUUGUAGACAUGGUAGGUUUGUUGGAAAACCCAGAAGUUCAAGUCAUAGCUGUUGUUGGUAUGGGCGGCUCUGGCAAGACAUUUCUUCUCCAAAAUGUCUUCAAAGCGGCAAAAUCCAAGUUUGAUCAUUCAAUUUGGCUCUCUAUUUCUAAAUCUUACUCUCUCAAGAAUUUGCUACAUGAUAUAGCCUCCCACAUAGGUAUACAUAGUGAGAUUGUGAGUGAAGAGAGAGCGGCUGAAUUGAUUCAUGACCAUCUUGAAGGGAAAAGAUCUCUUAUUGUGUUGGAUGAUCUCUAGACUCUAUCUACUGAAAAUUCUCUGAUUGAUAAACUUGGUCUGCCAGCUGACAAAGAUUGUAAAGUUGUGGUUACCACAAGAAAUAGGCAGGUUGCUGUAAAUUCAGGGGCUCGAAUUUAUGAGAUGAAAAAUUUGUCAGAUGAAGACAGUUGGACCUUGUUUUGUGUCUACGCAUUUCCAGAUGGUGUGGGAAGUAGAGUUCUGAAGGACAUGGAAAAGGAGGGCCGGAAGAUUGUAAAGCAAUGUGGAAAUUUACCUCUUUCUAUCAAAACAAUAGCAGCAUCUCUGGCCAACACCACACUUCUCAGCAAAUGGGAGUUGAAGCGCCGUCAGCUCGAAAGAGUAGUUACUCCAAUUGGUGAUCCUGACCCUAUCAUGGAGAUUUUAAAAUUGAGUUAUGACUCUUUGUUUGCACACCUUAAACCGUGUUUUGCAUGUCUUUCAUUCUUUUCCGAGGAUGAAGAGAUAUUUGCAAACUAUUUGAUAAAUCUGUGGAUAGGGGAAGGAUUCAUCCCAGGCGCAGGAGAGGACCAGUGGGAUAUGGGUUGGGAUUGGUUAGAUCAACUUGCCCAGCUGUGUUUGGUUCAAGUAUAUGAGGGACAUGGGAGGUUUUAUUCAAAAAAAUAUUGUAAAGUUCAUGAUCUGUUGUAUGAUUUGGCCACACACAUAUCAGAAGAAGAUAAAAGUGUUUUCUCUGUUGAAGAAGUGUCUUCACAUACAAGUGGUGCCAUGGGCUGGUCUCGGAUUUUACUGGCCAAAAAAGAUCUGCAUGAUUUGGCCAUCUCAGAGAUCCAUCCUGUUUAUCUCCGUACACUCACACUGUCUCAUAAUGAAAAGAUUACAAGCAUUCCAGAAAGCUUGUUUACUACUAUGAGAGGACUGCGCAUUCUGGAUUUGAGCUCCACAAACAUCACUGCAUUGCCUGCAUCUCUCGGAAAGAUGAUCCUUCUUAAACUCUUGAAUUUAAGUGGGACAAAGAUUAGGGAGGUACCAGAGUGUGUGAGACAUAUGAAAAGCCUCUUGUUUCUUGCUUUACCUCACUAUUGUACUCAAUUACCAGUAUGGAUAAGUGAACUUAGAUGUCUUCAGCAUUUGGAAUGCUGGGAUAUUGAUCGCAUGCCAAAGGGAAUAUCAAAGUUGGCCUCUUUGAGAACACUGCGAUCAGAUUCCUUGCAAUUCUCCAUAGAAGAGGACGAAUUCAUGAGUUUAGAUGAUCUGGUUGAUAUGACUCAGCUUCAGGAACUAUUCUUAAUUAUUAAGCAUGAGAUAGAGCUGAAGAGGCUGGAAGAAGGGAUCCUUGCGCAAUUGGUGAAGAUGCGUCAUCUGGAUAUCAGGGACAAUACGUGGUCUGCAAGUGAGAAAGAAAUGGAGUUACCACAGUUUCCAGAGAAAAUGAGAGCAAUGAAACAUCUGGAAAGUCUUACAUUAGAGGGGUUUGUAGUACCAAGUUGGAUAUGUGAGUUGGCAAAUAUGAGGGAAUUAGAGUUAAGUCGGUUUGAAUUUAGUGAUUUUCCUGAGUUUCAAAGAAUGCCCAAUCUAGUGAUGUUGGUGUUGGAAUUAAACCAGAAGUGCAGAGAAUUUCCAUUGGCAUUUGGAGAAUCAAGAGGGUUUCCACAACUCCGCAUUUUAAAAAUUUAUAGUUUCUCUUCAUUAGAGGAGUUCCCUGAAUUGGAGGAUGGAGCAAUGGCAUGCCUUCAACAAUUCAAUUUAUGGUUUUGUCCGAAAGUGAAGAAAGUGGAGGGAUUGGAGCGACUGAAAAACUUAGAGCGGUUCCAUUAUUAUGACUCAGGUGGGACAAAUGAAUGGUGGGAGACUUUAAAGGAAGGCGGAGAAUAUUGGAAUAAAAUCAAAGCAAUAAACUCUCAUGUAACUAUUACAAUUGCUUAUUAAAAUUAUUUUUAUUUAAAUUA